AUGGAGGAUCCAGAAAUAAUCUCAUCAUCGAAACCGAUUCAUGUGUACAUAAGUUUUCGAGGCGAUGACAGCAAAACUAGCAGAUUCGUCCGUGACCUUUCUGCUGCUCUUCAAAGAAAAGGUUUAAUAACCUUCGGAGAUGAUAAGAAGCUUGAAGCUAUCAGAGACUCCAAUAAUAUUCCACCUCAUCUUCUUCAAGCAAUUAAACAAGCCUGGAUUCGUGUUGUUGUUUUCUCCAAAAACUAUGCUUCUUCAUCGUGGUGUUUAGAGGAACUCUCAAGUGUUGUUCCACGAAUACAUGCUCGCAUGUUAAGGCCAGCACCAGCUUUUCAUGUCAAUCCAUUCUUUGCUGAACUUGAAGAAAAAAACUGGUUUGAGGCAUAUUUAGACAAGGUGAACACAUGGAGGCUGGCUAUGAAUCAGGAGGCUCAUCGCUCUGGUCACUGGUACAUUCCAUACAGGUUUAUAUCAGUUUUUUACGAUGUGGAUCCAGAAACCUUUGCUCAACAAGAAGAAACUUACACUUAA